AUGAGCGCCUUCUCCGGAUUUUGCGUGCCUGAAGUUGAGGGCUGUGGACCCAUAAGGGGGCCCCGAAGCGGUCAGUUGCAGAAUUUGCCCGCAAUUCAAUGUACGGCGUGCCUCGAUUUAUCAAAUAAGAAAGAAGGCAGCUCGCUUGAAGCGUCCAGCGAGCCACCAUGUCUGCAGCACGUCGUCAGAAGCCCCACUUUAUCUACUGACGUGUGUUGCAUUGAUGCCAACAGCACAAUUUACGUGGUGGAUGCGCAGCAGCUGAGGUGUACGUCAACCAUAGACAGUGCCCACAAUGCGCCUGUCACGAGUUCGUCAUUUCUACACCGCGAUAGUCAUGUUUUGGUGACAAGUUCGCAAGAUGGGGCGGUUAAAUUUUGGGAUUUAAGGGCCCCUCAUCAUUGCAACAAGAAUCAGCAAGAGGGGAAACAAACUGUUGCUGAUGCAUCAGUGCAGGUUGCACCGCUUGGGAGCCGCGAGGCGGACAUGUGGGCUCUGGCAGUCCGGGGAGACGAUUUAGCAUUUGCAGUUUCGUUUAAAAACAACAUAAAGGGGUUCGAUUUGCGCGCUGUCUGCAGCCAGGGUAAUAACACGUCUCCGGCUGCUGCUCCUGCUGCUGGUAAUGGGCAGCAGCAGAAGAAGGCAUCGAGGCAGAAACGCACCAAACGGCUCUUGUGGGAUAUUCAGGUUCAUGGGGACUCGGUGACAGCGCUGCAGUUCCACCCAUUGUAUCAGCAGCUGUUGUUUUCCGGGGGCGAGGAUUCUUUGGUUUGCCUUUCCGACACCUCGGCAGCAGCAACAGCAGCGGCGGCAGCAGCAGGUGGCAAUACAGAGGAAGCCGCGGAUGCUUCUCUUGUUUAUUGCUUUUCACAAGAAAGAGCUGUUAAAGGUUUGUCUCUCGUUGGUCCUGACGCUGCUUGUAUCUGCCUCCGCAGCUCGAUGGAAGACGUCGGGCUGUGGCAGCUGGAGGGUUUACAACGCUUCCGCAGCAGCAGAAGUGAUGCAGCAGCAAGUGCAAGCAGCAGCAGUCCACAAGGAAACACUACUGAGGUGUACGGACAACGUAGAGCAGAAUGGCUUGAAAUCCGUAGUCACCCAGAUAUCAGAGAAGGGGAAAGCUGCGGUUAUGUCGUUGACACCUUCUAUGACGAAGUCGUUGGCAGACUCUUUGUCCUCGCAGACGGCGUUACUCCCGCGGCAGUAUUUCGCAGUCACACUUCAUCUUCGUCUGGUGCCGUCCCCCCCUCUGGUCCGCUUGGCCACAGCGGUGUUGUUCGAGGAGCAGUCGUCACCCCAGGCAGCGAAAACAACGGCUUUGGCAUAAUCACAUGCGGAGAGGACGGCCGCGUCUGCUCUUGGUCCCAGUGCGGCGUUGCCACGGGCAGCGGCAACAACAGCAGCGGUUGCAGCAAAAAUCGCCAAGCGCAGCCUUAUUGA